UAGCCAUGAUAAAGCCCAGCUGGAAGCUGAACAGAACGGCACAGCUUCAUCAGCCAGUGACGGGAGAGCAACAACAAACCGAGAAUGGGGGACUCAAUGUGAGGAGGGGGUGAAGAAAUUCAGCUUGAAGCAGUAAACGAGAAGCUUUCCUGGUCAAGCUGUGCAGAGAUGGAGAAAUUCCAGGCUGCCAUGCUCCUGGGAGGGGUAGGGGACGCCCUGGGGUACAGAAAGGGCAGCUGGGGGAACUGCACUUCAGGUGCGCGGAUCCAAGAGGAGCUGAAGAGUCUGGGGGGGCUGGACAGCUUAGUUCUCGAUGCAGACAGCUGGCCAGUCAGUGACGGUACCCUCAUGCACAUAGCCACAGCAGAAGCACUCCUAACAGAUAACUGGUCUCUUGAAGACCUGUACCGGGAGCUGGUGCGGCUUUAUGUGGAGGCCGUUGUAAAAAUCCAGUUGCGUCAACCGGACCCUGCAACCGUGGAGGGCUGCUCUCAGUUAAAACCAGACAACUACCUGCUGGCCUGGCACACUCCUUUCAAUGAGAAAGGGUCUGGAUUUGGCGCUGCCACAAAAGCCAUGUGUAUCGGGAUGCGAUAUUGGCAGACAGAGAGAUUGGAUACCUUGGUGAAAGUGAGCAUCGAGGCUGGGCGAAUGACUCACAACCACCCCACAGGUUUUCUAGGCUCCCUAUGCACAGCUCUGUUUGCCUCCUAUGCAGUUCAGGGUAAGCCACUCGUCCAGUGGGGAAGGGAUAUGUUAAAAGUCAUCCCAAUGGCUGAAGAGUACUGCAGAAAGACGAUUCGGCACAUGGCAGAAUAUCAGGAAUAUUGGUUUUAUUUUGAAGCAAAGUGGCAGUUUUACCUGGAGGAAAGAGAAAUCGACCAGGAUGGACAAAAUAAGGCCGUCCUUUCAGAUAAAUAUGAUGCUGAAGAAAUGGACAGGAUUUACAAGAGAUGGAGUUCUGAGGGUCGAGGCGGGAGGAGGGGUCACGACGCCCCGAUGAUUGCCUAUGACGCCCUUCUCAGCGCCGGCUCUGACUGGAAAGAGCUGUGUAAUCGGGCCAUGUUCCACGGAGGUGAAAGCGGGGCCACAGGAUCGAUAGCUGGGUGUCUUUACGGACUGCUUCAUGGACUAAAAAAUGUGUCAAAAGGGUUGUAUGAGAAUCUGGAAAACCGGGUACUACUGGAGUCGCUUGGAGAGAAGCUCUUUAGACAUGCCAGUUGUGAGAAAACCCAGUCUGAAGCUUGUCAUCCGAGUAAAUUGACUGUGGAUCCCGCUGUGCUAAAACGGACAACUAGCAACAGGUCGGCCAACUAUGGAGCCACAGAGGUCCUCAGCAGUCUGCUACGCUACCUGACAGAAGUCCUGAGCAGCACCUCACGAAGGGACCCUAGUCAGGUGGCUGUGCUGGAGGACAAGAAGGAGAGCAGAAGGGGGACAAGCAGACAGAAGGAAGAGCACGUCAAACACCCAACCACCUUCCAGCUUCUCCAGUCAAGGUUUAUGAGGGAAAACCGAGAACCUACGAGAAAGAGGAACCGGGAGGUAGGGUCUCUGCUCCUGAAAGGACACUGGACUCAGGGGGCUGGAGUCCCCGCGAAAGGCAUAAGCAAAGGAGGUAAACAGGACAGUGUGGAAACCAAAGAAACAGGCAGAGGGAAAAUUCACAUUGCCAACCCGAACCUGAAACAGAGAAGAACCUCCACCAGCAAAGGCGCGGUUCAUAACAUUCUAUUGAAGUUUGCUGCUGCAGAGAAAAGGGAGAGGAUUCAUGGGAAGAAUUUGUCCACAGGUGCCCCUAAAAUGAAUAGACAAGGAAAACCUACAGCGAUGACUAAACUGAAAGAUAAAUAUGAACAAAUGGGUAUCGUUCAUAAAAUCUGUAACCCAGCCCAUCCUCUGACUGUAACAGAUCAGGAAAAGAUCCUGAGAAACCCUGGGCUAAAACGGGCUCACAGACAGGGAGUUAUUAGGCUGGAAUUACACAGUGUGGAAGAAAUGUGCAAUCAGCCUGUAUGUCACCAUAUACUUGGUACUGUGGAUGCAAUGCCUGUCUUGAGGUUGACCUUCAUUGUUGUUCACCCGGCUGUCUGGUGCAGGGUUAAUGUAACUCAAUUGCAUGCUGCUUAUCUCGAAGUGAUGGAAGCAGCGAGAUUCGGCGCUGCAGGUGUCACUAAGCCUGGUGUAAUCACAGAGCUCAAAAAUACGUCUUCGGAGAGAAUAGACAGGAAUAGCCCAGAAGUCACAGAGAACAGAAUGCCCAAGGUUAUGACUAUCCGGUCUGACAAUGUCUGGCCCAAAAUAGAUCGUACAAAACAAGAGGCUGAAUUUCUUCCUAAUCUUAGCAGCAGCUCUUCAGAUGGAGUUGAAUGUAAAGUCAUCUUGGAUGCCGUUCCUGCUUUAUCUCCCAAAUGUAUACUCCCUGCAGUUGGUUCCAGGCCAAAGGUGCUUCAGAAAGGACCUCUGAUUGAUAACGCAAACACCAAUAAUAUCCACGCAGUUGCACUGCAGGGACCCCAUCUAGAGACACAACAAGCUCUCAAAGCACGUGAUGAUAUACUUUCUGUUGGUUUACAAAAUGGAAGAUUGCCACCAAUCCUUAACCAGAAGCCAAGCGUGGGGUUUGUAAUGACCAUAACACAACUCUCCUGGGCGGCUCAAAAGUACUUUCCUCAACCUUCUUUUAUUGAGAACAUUCAGCCUCUUUGUCCAAACAUAACACAAGCAGCUGUCGUUUUGGAACCUGAAAUGAAAGAGGAAAGGUCUACUCAUUUUACAAAACCAAUACCCAAAACAAUGAAGCCUCUGGUAUCAGCAUCCCAUUUAAAAACGUUUUCUAGUGAAGCUGGACACAGAAAUUUGCCCCAGACCAAAAAAGCCCAAACAUUUAUAAAUGAAGACCAGCCAUCUGUUACCUCGCGCACAGCGAGUAAUAAUAAAGCUACCAUUCCUGGUUUCUUAAAUAAGGCAACCAACAAUCAAGACAAAAAGCUGCAAGAAUUAACGCAGGAGUCAGUUAGGCGUGAAGUUGAUAGCCCUUAUCUCAGCCAACCAGUGCUGGCUAUAAAUACUCAUGAUAAACAGGCUGGUGAUGGUGAUGGCUCAGUAUUAAAUGACAGGAGUGAUGGAUUAGGUAGGUAUAACAUUAUCAAACAUCAACAUAUCAGUGAGACAGAGUUAAAUGAAGAGUCAAAAACAGAAAGGACUCAGGAUAAGCAUGCCUACAGAAACACAUCCAAAUACAAGGCAGAAAGUUAUGCCGAUGCCAUCUCGUCUUUCAACAGUUCCUUCAAGUCCAAAACCAUACGUUUGGCUGACACCUUUUCAUUUUAAAACUGAAGUGCUCCUGACAUUCAGCCCUAUACUAAAAUAACAUUCCAGUAUAGUGCUAGUUCCAUUAUUCUGUCAUUUCCCCUUCUGCACACUACUGCACCAAGAACUAGAUGCUGUGAACUGUGAACUGUCCUUUUGGUUUGCUGCCUUCCUCCUUGAAGACUGCCACUUUAUAAUACUAUAAAAUAAACAGGAAUCAUGCUAACAAACACAGUCACUGUCCAAAAGUUCAACUGUAGUUUAUACUGAUAACAUUUUACAAUCUACUUAGAGUCUGAUAUUGUCAGCUUGAGUGCAACACCUUUUGUAUGCAAGAACUCUUUUUAAAACUGUAUGGGCAAUACAGUACAGAAUGUUCUGAGUAGCAAGUGUUUAUUAAAGGUGUAGUAACAA